ACCGGCAGUAGUAAAAGAUGAUUUCCAAGCAACCCACUGGCCAGUGCCGGCUUCACAAUGUGCAGUUUUACAAUUUGCUGCCCCGGGCAAUUGUCUGUUCGGCCAUUAACAGUUCACAAACUAAACUAGCCAUCGCACGAGAUGAUGGUACGAUAGAAAUUUGGAAUUUAUCACACGCACCGUUCCUGGAGAAAACGAUUACGGGUGGCGAUGGUGUGAGUGUCGAGGGUCUAGCGUGGGCCGGUACCGGACGCUUGUUUUCGGUUAGCUUGGCCGGAUCACUGAUCGAAUGGGAUCUGUCGCCGGGGGAUCAUCCGCGCGUGAAGCAGACCCUGCUCGUGACGGGCAACGCAGCGUGGUGCGUGGACGUGAGCCGCGACUGGCGGCUGUUGGCAGUCGGCACCGAGGGCGGGUACAUCAACGUGUACCGGCUCGACAACGAUGAGCUGACGUACGAGCGGAUCCUCGACAAACAGGAGGGUCGGAUCGUUUGCUGUCGGUUUGAUUGGACCGGAGACUUCCUGGUGACGGGAUCGGCUGAUGCCGUGCGCGUCUGGGACGUGCGGAAUGGUCACGCCGUACACAAAAUGACCACUGGUCGGCAGGAUCGGAAGCAAGAGACGACCGUGUGGGCGGUGAGCGUGCUGAAAGACUUUACCAUCGUAUCCGUCGAUUCCCGAGGGCGAAUGAUGCUGUUCGAUGGACACCUUGGUACGGUGCUAGAGACUAUGGUCGUGUCCAAGGCCGAUCUGCUCUGCUUGGAGGUGGAUGUCGAAGAGAACAAGGUUUAUGUAGCAGGUGUGGAGCCGAUCAUUCGUAUCUACAGCCGACUCUCCCGAGAAGCUGGUGCUCCAACGCGCUUCAUCCGGUCCGCAUAUCGUCGAGUACACACGCAUGACAUCAAAACGUUAGCGUCGUUUGGUAAUAAGAGUAUCAUUUCCGGUGGCCUCGAUGGAACUCUCGUCAUUACGACAUUUUCAAGUCAUUUGCGGGUGGACAAAUAUCUUCCCCUAUUACAAUCACCCGCAGCUGUGGUGGCAACCAAGAGCCGCACGGUGUUGCUCAAGUACAUCAACUAUCUGGAGGUAUGGACACUCGCUCCAUCAGCCAAUAGUGCAGGUCUGCAAAGCAACGGCGGCAACAAGAUUCUGCAGAUUCGUAGCAAAAACGACGAACACAUUCUGUGCGCCACGAUUUCCCCGAACGGCCGCUGGAUAGUGUACUCCAAUGAGACCACCAUCCGCCUACUGCGCUACGACCACAACCCGACCGAACCGGCCAAGUCGCGUUUGCAGCGUGUACGCAACCUCCCGGAACAGUUCGGCGUGUCGUACCGGGUGGACUUUACGCACGAUUCGAACGGUUUCUUCCUGUACGCACGCAACGGUACGAUAAACUAUUUCGCUUGCACCACCGGCGAUGAGUUCUUCGAUCACAAGCAAUCGAUCGAGGGUUCCCGCUGGCUGUCGGAGGUGAUCCAUCUUUCCGCCGUAUCGCAGUGCGGCCACUAUCUGGUCUGUGCCGACGUGGCCAGCGCAAUCGUAGUGUUCGAACGAAGCAAGACCGCUAACCAGAAUAAAACCGGCAAGUGGAAACGAUCGAUCUCGUUGCCCCGGUAUCGACUUCCCCCAACGGCACUCGCAAUCCAGCCCGGCCGAACGCGGCUCGCGGUCGCCUUUGCCGACCACAAGCUGUUCGUGUACGACUUUGACGAGUUUCAGUUCUUAUUUUCCACCUACGUUCAGCUGGACGGCCCGGACUGGGGUUCACCCGGUCAUCCCAUCGGCGGGAUCGUGUUUGAUCCCCGCUACGAUUCCUCACUGAUACUGCAGAACGAAUCGUACAUCCUUUCGGUACGGUUUGGUGAAAUGGCCACGGUUGAACGCGAAGAAGAAGCACAGCAGGCGGAUCAUUCGAAACGAUUAAAGUCGGGCGAACAAAGAGGCGCAGAAUCCGCCAACGAGGGAAAUCAAUCGAAGUACACGCUGAAGGCCGUCCGCAAAGGAGCACGAUUGGUGAGCAUCUCGUGGCUUGAGGAGGACGAACUGGUAGCCAUCGAGGCGAACGCACUGUCGUUGGUCGAACAUCUGCCGGCCGCAUUCCGGAAGAAGGCGUAUGCAAAAAUGUAA